UGGGCUGCACUUGAACAAAUAGAAACGAUUAUGAGCUAGAUCCUGAAAGUUGCAAUAUCAGGAACCGAAUCAGAGGUGAUACGAGCGACUGUUACUCUCACAAGGAUGACAACCACAGAAAGUACCAAAUUGAUCCCAUUACGAGAAGUAAUAUGAAUGAUGAAUGGGGCUUUGAAAUUCCUCAAAGAAGAGUUACAAAAACCUAAAACUAGAGGAUGUUUUGGAACUACUGAAACAAUGCAAGCAGAGGAAGAUUUAUCCAAGAGACCUAAAGAAAAGAGAAACAUUAAAGGAAGAGUGCUCAGAGUUCAGAAUUUUAUCUACACGGUUCGUGAGAAAUAUCUAGCACUGAAGUACUAUAAGAAAUGGAGAGCUUUCGUUGUGAAAAAGCAAAGGAUCAGGGAAAAUAAGUUCUAUAUUCAAGAAUAA